AUGAGCUUCAUCGACAGGCUAAAUUUGACCCAAUCAGUGUGGUUUUGCUGCAUAUACCCUAACUGCAGCAAUCACUAUAACACAAAGUUCAAUCUGAAGCAACAUAUCGAAAAUGUUCACCUAAAACUCAAGAAAUAUCAGUGCAAAUACUGCCAAAAACUCCUUAUUAGCAAGCAAAACCUUAAGGAACACUUAAAUAUUCAUACAGAAUCCACACCUUUUAAAUGUAAGAUUUGUGAAAAAUCUUUUAGGCAAGCAAGUCAGCUUUCACUUCAUAAGCGAACUCACUCAGAGAAUAACAUAAUAGCAAUAAACCAAGAACAAACUAAAAAAAGAAAUAAACAAGCAAAAGACUUCUAUACCCCCGAUGUAUCGAAGUUAGAGAGCAACUUUGUGAUGACUCCUGUGCUACUAAACCUGCCUCUAAUCAGAGAUAGGAAGGAGUUUGGACAAAGAUUGCCUGCUUUCACAUCUAUUAGUAGAAAAUCAAAUCCAUAUAUAAUUAAAAACAAACUUCACUAACUCCCCUUCCGUGAGUGAACAAAAAAAUUUUGUUUCGCUCAUGGAGGGGGCUAAUUUUUUUUUUAAAAAAAUUAAUAUAAAAGUUUUAUAGAAAAUAUAUUUUUCGAAAUUUAAAAAAAUCCUAAUUCGCAAAAAUUGAAAGCAAAUAUUAAUUUGAUUUAUAAAAUUUAUGUUUUAAAAAGCAAUUUGUUUAAAUUUAAACAGAAUUAACUCUAGAUCUCAUUAUAGUAAUUAUCACUUAUAUAUCAAAAUUUUUUCCAUCAAAAAUUUUUCUAUUAAAAAAAUUUUUGUUCGCUCACUGGAGGGUGCAAAAAAUAGCGAUUUUUCUAAUGAUUUUGUUCACUCACGGAGGGGCGGAGUAA